CCUGCGGGUAAUUAGUGUCCUUGGAGUUAAAUAAGCUAAUGGCGGGCACCUCUGGCCCAAGCAAUUAUGUUUGUGUAUUGAAUAAUUGAUUCAAAGGGGGGAAGGGCCGCUAAUCAGAUCUGCGCAUAAUGAAUUGAUUUAAUUAACAGGGGAAUCUAAGAGGCCCUGGGAAACGCAGGCUUCACUCGGCUGGGGCGAGCGCGACCGGCGCGGAGAAAGAACGGGCGCGCGGCGGCUGCGGCUCCGGCCCGGCCCGGGCGGCGGCUGCUCCCGCGGCAUCUCGCGCAGCUCCGGCGAUCCCAGCCCGGCGAUCCCAGCCCGGCGGACGCACCUCGCCCCCGCCUCCGGGUCGCGCCUUGCCCGCGGGGCUGAGCUCCCGGAGCGCGUCCGUCCGCCCCCAUCUGCCGCCGCCGCUCCCGUGGCGCGUAGCCCGCGCGGGGCCGGCGGGAACAGCGCAGGCGGCGGCAGCGGAGUCCGAGCCGCGCGCCCCUCCGCGUCCUCGGCCGUGGCGGACCGGGGCCGCCCCGCGACCAUGGUGUUGGACCAGGAGGACGUUCCUUGCAAUUCUGAGGCACAAAAGUAGGUGAGACUGCUUUUGUAUCUGCGAAGUGCUUCACUCCUGAAUGUAAUUCUAGCUGAGUGCAAUCUAGGUUAAGAGCCGGACAAGCGGGUAAUUAGAGCCCGCUCACCGCCCGAGGACCGGCCGCCCGCGGAAGCGCGCCCGGAGUAGGUGCCUUCUCCCAGCCUAGCCGAGCUGCGGCUGGACACGGAGCGCCCGAGAUGAUGGUGCUGGACAAGGAGGACGGUGUGCCGAUGCUCUCCGUCCAGCCCAAGGGGAAGCAGAAGGGCUGUGCGGGCUGUAAUCGCAAGAUCAAGGACCGCUACCUGCUGAAGGCACUGGACAAGUACUGGCACGAGGACUGCCUCAAGUGUGCCUGCUGCGACUGCCGCCUGGGCGAGGUGGGCUCCACUCUCUACACCAAGGCCAACCUCAUCCUGUGUCGGCGCGACUACCUGAGGCUGUUCGGUACCACAGGAAACUGCGCUGCCUGCAGCAAGCUGAUCCCAGCCUUUGAGAUGGUGAUGCGGGCCCGGGACAAUGUGUACCAUCUCGACUGCUUCGCUUGCCAGCUCUGUAACCAGAGAUUUUGUGUGGGAGACAAAUUCUUCCUGAAGAACAACAUGAUCUUGUGUCAGAUGGACUAUGAGGAGGGGCAGCUCAAUGGCACCUUUGAAUCCCAGGUUCAGUAACGUCCCACGCCUGGCCUCCAGGCACAUCUGCCCAUCUGCCCGCCUGCCCAGCUGGACAGCCACUCUCCUGCCGAUUAGAGCUCCUCUGUCAUCGAUGGGAGGGAUGGCCCUUCUUCCGCUGCCACCCUUCUGUGUGUGACCCCUCCUGGGGCCAGGCUGGGCCUGUACAGUCUGUCUUCUGUAUAUAAAUGGGAACAUUUAUUUUAUGAGAAAUGUAAUGCGAUUUUAUUACUGGCGUGGAUUAAACUUAUGAAUGUU